UCAAAGCCAAGGAGAAAAGAGAAGAUGGGUGCUGUCAUCACCAAACUGAGGAAGCGACGCAAGAACAAGAAGGAGAAGAAAAGCAAAAAGAAAGGGAAACGCGUGGUGGUGUCCAAGAAAGGAGCUCCAUCCCCCCAGUCCUCAAGGAGAAGGCCCAAGGGGAGCAGCGCAGGACGCCGGACGAGGAGCAAUAACGGCACUCAACGAAGUCAAACCAGGCAGCGAAAACCCCUGACGGAGGUGUUCACAAACCACACUUACGAAACACCGGCAGAAAUCAUACCAAGAGACAACAAAGUCAAAGAGCAAGAAGAAGUGGAACCGGCAGCACUUGGCAAACGGCCGAAUGAUUCCCAGAGGAGCAAAAACAACACCACGAGGGGCCAGAGGAGGAAGAGCAAUGGCACCCAGCGCAGUCAAAAGGGCCACACGGUACUACAAAAACGGCCGCUCAACGACAUUUUCCCGAAGACGGAAGACCAGAAGAUCGACAGCGUAAUAGGUCGAGUAAUCAAUGAUGACAGCAGCAGCGUCCAGCAGCGCGGCACCAAACUGCGCGCCUCGCAGAGAAGCAAGAAAGGAAGCCUGAGGAGAAGAAAGAGCAGCAGGAAGCUGAAAAAGCAUCUGUUCCCGAGCCCCGCCGUCUUCAGCGAGAUUGACGCCCACGUCAUCAGGACUGGAGAACAGCUGAAGAAACAGAGGAUCGUAUCUAUCAAGGCCAUCACACAAGCCAUUACUGUGGGUGCAGUGACCGACCUGCAGAAGCUCAGAGCAAUCUGGAUCUGGAUCUGCCACAACAUUGAGUACGACAUCAGUGGAUACCUGGGCUUUAGUGAGAAGAUCACUACUCCCGAGCGGGUCGUGCAGACAGGCCUGGGCAUAUGCUGUGGAUACUCUCGUCUUUGCCAGGAGAUGUGCAGGGAGGUCGGGGUAGAAUGCCGUGAGGUGAGUGGACAUAGCAAAGGUGCUAGCUACCGCCCAGGUGUUAAUGCCCAAAGCACCAAGUCUGAUCAUGCCUGGAACGCAGUGCAGAUCCGUGGACACUGGUAUCUAUUGGACGUGUGUUGGGGAGCAGGAAACACCGACCUUCAAAAAAGAGUUUUUACCAAAAGCUACAACGAGUUUUACUUCUUAACUGACCCUGACAAGUUCAUAAGUUCCCACUUUCCGGACGACCAAGAGUGGCAGCUCAUGAAGCAGCCUAUCUCACUGGACGAGUUCCAGAAGAUGGUCCAAACGAAGUCAAUGUUCUACCAGUUAGAACUGACUCUCCACCAUCCCAGACAAUUUCUGAUAGUAACAGAGAAUGGCGAUGCCACUAUUUCCAUGACUUUCCCCGAACCCGUAGACUUCAUGUACAAGACUCACCAGCGCAGUGGCUCAGUGUUACAGGAAUUGGAUACAUCUGUUGGAUUCCUUACCAUCACCCAAACUCACAUGAAGCUUCUGCUUCGUCCUCCCACUCAGGGAACAUUUGACAUCACAGUCUAUGCCAAAACAGCCAACACACCAGGCGAGUACACAGAGGUCUGCAACUUUCUGAUGGACUGUCCCAGGGCUUCAUCUUUGGAGAGCUUUCCAGAUAACCCUUCACAGUCUUGGGGCCUGCUGCAAAAUGCCAAGGACAUGGGACUCAAGCCGUGCCAGUAUGAAGCCAAAAUCAUGCUGGACUCUGGAUCCUUCGAGAUGGUGCUACCAACCACCAAACCUUUGAUGAUCACAUGCGAACUUUUUCACAAGAACCUGGAUAAAUCACAAGCCAAGAGAUGUGUAGCUACACAAAGUGAGCCAGAUCAACUGAGCUGUCAUGUCCUCUGCCCAUUCGUGGGUUACUACCGCUUAGCUGUGUUUGUGAAGGACAGAGAGAGCAAUAGUAAAUCUUACGACCAGGCUGGCAACUUUCUACUGCAUUGCACAGGUGGCACUCUGACCCCCAUCAAUAAGAUCUUCCCGCCUGAGCUCAGCAGUAACUGCGGACCAGGCAACUCAACUCUCAAAGUUGGUCUCAGGGAUUUCAGUCACACCAGGGCCGUCAUAAACAGCCAGAAGGGGCAGUGCAACAUCACGUUCCGUAACCCAAACGGCCUGCAGCUUUCAGCUAAAUUGUCGAGGGAGGAGCGACAGCAGCCCAAGUACCCCAUUUCCCGGUACGUCCUGCUCUCCUGCGACGAUCAUGAGAUCACCGUGAAUGUGGCUUUGCCUGACGCAGGCGUCUACAGGCUUAGCCUUUUUGGCGGCCCAGCCAAACAAACCAGCUUAUCCCACAUCUGCGACUAUGUGCUGCGUAGUCACUGGGAAGGCAGCUGGCCCCCAUAUCCUCUUAGCUACUCCGAGUGGGCCGGAGGCGGUGUGCUGUACGAGCCACGCACUGGCCUGCUUGAGCCCAUGUCCAAGGUGCGCUUCUGUGUGAAAAUCCCCAGGGCGAAGGAGGUGUAUGUGAUUGGGCAGGGUCAAACCAAAUUAACGCGGAACCAGGAGAGCCAGGUGUGGGAGGGGGAUGUGUCUACUGGCACUGGUCCACGACUUCAACUUGCCGCCAGUUUACCUGGCAAUGAAAACGGAAGCUUGAGCAUCCUCCUGUGCUUCGACGUCUCUAAGACACCAAAUGGGAUGAGAUGAGACUGUUGAUGCUACAGAACAAUUGGGAGUUAUAAUGUAGCAGCUAAUCUGGCAGUUUUUCCGAAUACUGUAAUUUAUAUAGCCAAUUUGCAAUUUAGGCUAGACCUAACUUUUUUGUCAUUUAUCCAGGGGGUCACUGACUGCUUUGCAAUUCAGGAUUAUUUUCCUAGCCUCCUUGUUGACUGUCAUUUGAUGAAAUGCUUUGACUACAGUCUUACUCAACAUAGCUUUUCUUGUAUGGCUUUCUGGUCAUAUAACCAUGUUAUAUUUUGUAAGAGAGAGGUGGAUGAGGCCCCUAUAGUCUGUAAUCAUGGCUUGGUCCCCAAGGCUGCCUUGUUACACUGUGUGUAUUUCCACACGUCUCGUCUCUAUGACUAAUGUGCAAACAGUGCUAGUUCCUGCUCUCCCUCCAACCUUUGAGCUGGUACACUGAACAAUUUCCAGCAUAUGGCCACCAGAGUGCUCAUAUGGUUCGCUACCUGCCCUCAGGUAGCACAAGGCAAAGAUAUGCUUAGCCGCGCUAGCAAUACAGACUGUGUAUUUUGGCUGCUCAUGUGUGUUCAUAGACCUACACAGGGCACACACGCAUACACACACACACACACACACACACACACACACACACACACACACACACACACACACACACACACAC